GUGGAAGCCGCUUUGUCCUCAGAGCUCUUUAAAUCCGUUAUGACUUCCUCAAAUUGUCUUCCACCACAGAAAGUUAGACUGCCACAUCUGACUUCCCUGAAAGAACUAGCCCAAAAGGAACACUAACGCAACCCACAAAUUUUCUCCACAAAGCAAAGCUCAUGGCUUCUGUGAUGAUCCUCUCUCAAUGUUCUCUCUGUCAUUAUUCUUCUUCUAACAAACUUUCUUAUCUUACUCUAAACCCUCUCCUUUACACCAAAUCUCUCCGCUUUAAACCGAGCGGAAAAUCUCUAUAUACAAAACAGUUUUCAGUCUCUGCUUCUUCACGAUCCCUUCAAGCCCUCAUAUUUGACUGUGAUGGUGUUAUUCUUGAAUCGGAGCACUUACAUCGCCAAGCUUACAACGACGCCUUUUCUCACUUCAACGUCCGUUGCAAUGCCUCUUCUCCUCAACCCCUCAACUGGGGGGCUGAGUUUUAUGAUGUGCUACAGAAUCAAAUUGGUGGUGGCAAACCAAAAAUGAGAUGGUACUUCAAGGAGCAAGGAUGGCCAUCUUCAACAAUAUUUGAGAAGCCCCCUGAAAAUGAUGACGAGCGAAGCAAAUUGAUCGAUACACUUCAGGACUGGAAAACUGAGAGAUACAAACAAAUUAUCAAAUCUGGAACUGUGGAGCCUAGACCUGGAGUUCUGAGAUUGAUGGAUGAGGCCAGGGUCACUGGGAAAAAACUAGCUGUUUGUUCUGCAGCAACGAAAAGUUCAGUUAUUCUUUGUCUCGAAAACCUUAUAGGAAUGGAGAGGUUUCAAGGUCUUGAUUGCUUCCUCGCAGUACACUGCUGGCAAUUAGCUUGUGUUGCCUCUAUACUUGCAGGUGAUGAUGUAAAGCAAAAAAAGCCCGAUCCAUCAAUUUAUGUGACAGCAGCAAAGAGAUUAGGUGUCUCAGAGAAAGACUGUUUGGUGCUUGAGGAUAGUGUCAUUGGUCUGCAAUUGAUCUCUGUAGGCAGCAACGAGUGCUGGAAUGUCAUGUGUGAUUACGUACACAUCAUCAACAGCAGACCAGGAUUUCAAAGAUGCAAUAGCAAUAUAUCCGGAUUUGAGCAACGUAAGAUUGAAGGACUUGGAGUUAUUGCUUCAAAAUGUUGUUGCCGCCAAUUAGGGGAUUUAGCAUUUCCUUACAACCAACAAUAAGAGUUUGUGUGCUUCUAAAGACAUUUGGCUGCCUGCAGGGAUUGUAAAAUAUGCAAGAAAUAUUAUAAUGUCUAUGUGAUGGGAAUAUACGAUGUGCUAAACAUAUAUAAAAUCAAUUAUGAAAUGUAAAUACGUAACACACUUUAAUAUGAUAUAUUUUUAAGGGUGUA